AUGUUGAGAAUCCGCUGCAACAGGAUUCUAUUCGCUACUGACAUCACCAAGAUAUUCAAACAGGUUGAGGUUGAUUUGCUUGAUUGGCCGCUUCAGUUCAUUCUCUGGAUAGAUGAGAAUGACCUAGUAGACGCUUACUUUCUUAAGACAGUCAACUACGGGACCGCUAGUGCACCUCUUAACGCUGUACGUGUGCUCAUCCAACUAGUCAAGGAUAAAGAACACCGCUAUUCGAUAGAUGUUGCUCCAAUGUUGGAAACACGUUACGUUGAUGACAUCUAUGAUGGAGCAGACAACGAACAAGAUGCUAUGAAGGUUGCAGUGCAAACAAAAGCACUGUGCGCCGCAGGCCGCUUUCCGCCCGCCAAAUGGACUAGUAAUAGUCCAACGCUGCUCGCUGAAGUCGCUCCAGAAAAGCAGCUAGAAACACCGCUUAAAGAAAUCAGUGAUGCACCAGUAAAGGUCCUGGGCAUGUUCUGGAAUUCACACACUGACGCUCUUCAGUUCAAGUACACGCUACCGCCAGAGAAACCUAAGAAAAAAAGAGAUAUUUUGUCUGAAAUCGCUGAGUUGUAUGACCCACUAGGACUUCUCGCACCAAUUGUCGUCAAAGCUAAGAUCUUCAUGCAAGAUCUGUGGCUAGAUAUAGUGUCAUGUAUGGCUAGAUAUAGUGUCCUUCGAUCAAGUCGAUGGGGUCUAAUUUUCCGAAAUGUUUUGUUUUGA